AAAAAAAGAAAAAAUAAUAAAUAAAUAAAUGAAAGAAAGAAAAAGAUAGGGAUUAGAAACGAUUUUAUAUUAUAUUUGUCCUUAAAUUAAAUCAUUACAAACGUCGAUCAUUUAGAGUUAGUAUUUUUGAUUUGAUUAAAAGAUAAAAGGAUGAAGGAAAAAAAACGACAUUUUAAACAUUGGAAAUAAUUAUUUUCCAUUAUCUUUAUACUUGAAAGGAGUUCAUCAAUCUUUUUACAAACGAGAGAUAUAUUUUAAAUUGAAGUAUAUAAAUCGAUCACACUUUUUACUGAUAUAUGUGUAUACAUCAUCAUCAUUAUUAUUCUUAUAAUUUACUAUUUUUAUAACAAGUCUUCAGUAAAAAGACGAACAAUAAGAUUUUCAGGCAUUAAAAACAAUUUCGUUAUUAUCAUUGUGCUUCAAAGGAAUUAAUACAUUUUUACGAACAAGAAAUAUAUUUCAGGCAUAGAUAUAAAUCAGUCACCCUACAUAAUUAAAACUCUUAUUUAUAACUUCCACAUCUCUUACCAAUAUACACAUUAUUAUUAUUAUUAUUAUUAUUAUUAUUGUUGCUAUUAUUAUUUAACAAGCGUUGAGUGAAAAGACGAACAAUAAGAAAUUGUUUGAAUUAACAGUCGUUAAAUUGGUUACUUCCUCCAGAGUCAUUUUAGAUCAGCUGACCAAUUCUCUCUCCGAUGAGAGUUUCGUUCUCUUGUCGUUCUUCUAUUUGUUCAUGGUAAGCGUGACAACGCGUUUAAAGCGCGAAAAUAGAGUUCUACGCGGGGCAUUCGCGCGAGCCUCUCCUCUUCUCCUUCACCUCCUUCACCAUCUCCUCCUGCUCCUCCUUCAUCUCCUGCCGAUCUUCAUUUGGCCAGUGUGUCGUGUGUUAGUAGUGUUGUACGUAGCAUGGCCUGCCAGAUCACGGGUUACGCGUUUAGUCUUUGACUGGAAGCAUCCGCGUUAACAUAGUCCAGUGUGCUUGCUCUCUUGCUGGCACAAUACUUAACAUCCGAUCGAACGAUGAUCGAUCUAACGAUUAUCAUAUAAUAUUUUAAUUUAUCGGCAUAUCUAUGGGAAUUAUAUAUAUUUCAUGAAGAAAAAAAGAACAAAAAAACAAAAAACAAAAAGAGGAAAGAAAAAAGUGACGUUAUCAUGAAAGUUACUAGUGUGUACUAUAGAGGAAUAAAAAAUUAAAAAAAGAGAGGGAGAGAGAAAUUUUUUCUUCCUCUUCUUUUAAUCAUCGAUUACACUAUGCAAUCAUCAUCUCGUGUUAUAUACAAUUCUUGAAGAAUUGUUGAUAUAUAUAUAUAUAUAUAUACGUGUUGUCUAUUCUAUGCUUAUAUUUCGACGAUAAAACGAACAAGCUCUUUUUAAACUUCGUAAACGUCUUCUUUACUUCUUCAUCGAAUCGGCUGAUCGACCGACGAUUUGGAAGUUUCUAUCGUGGAGAACGACAAUUUUUUCAUCAUACGAGAGACAGAGAAAGAGAGAGAGAGAGAGAGAGAGAGACAAAGAAAGAAAGAUAUAAAAAAAUAAAGAUAUAUGCCAUGAUUUAAAAAAGAAAUAAUAAUAAUAAUAAAAAUAUGGAGAUCGAAAACAAACACUUGUUGAUAACGAGAACGAAAAGGAUCGAUAAUAAUAUCGAUGAAGAUCUUCAAAUCAUAGCACUUCGUAGAAAGAUAAUACAUUUGAUGAACUGGGCACAGCGUUUCGUUGAUAGGCUUCCUGUUCAAAUGACUUUGAGCAACUUGGGGAUAUUGGCAGUUUUCCUUGCCAUUGUUUUACCGAAAUCCUUAACUUACAUACUUUUGUAUCCAAUUUUCAGAUUAGUCUUUGGAACUUUAUAUCCGGCCUAUGCCUCCUACAAAGCAGUAAGAACGCAAAAUGUUAAGGAAUAUGUCAAAUGGAUGAUGUACUGGAUCGUAUUCGCUCUUUUUACUUGCGCUGAGACAUUCACGGACGUUUUCUUCAGCUUUUGGUUCCCGUUUUAUUAUGAGAUCAAGAUUAUUUUGGUGCUUUGGCUAUUGAGCCCUGCAACUAAGGGCUCGAGUAUACUGUAUCGACGUUUCGUUCAUCCUGCAUUGACCCGUCGAGAAGCUGAAAUCGAUGAGGCCCUUGCACGUGCUACAGAACAGGGAUACAAAGCUGUCCUCCAUCUUGGCACCAGAGGUGUAAACUAUGCAACUACUGUGCUCAUGCAAACCGCUAUCAAGGGGGGCGGUGGAUUGGUUCAACAAUUGAGGAAAAGCUAUAGUUUAAGCGAUCUGACUGGUGGAAAGGAUGUCGAAAAUAGAAGCUUGCCUGAAUCGCGAGACGAGACUGACAUGGAAGUGGAACCUCGUCGAAGAGAGCACGUAGGGAGAAGAGGAUACAGUCCACGAAGGACACAAUCCAGCACCAAUAGAGUAGAAAUGUACUUUUCUGAAGUAGACGUCGAUAUGAUCCAGCCAAGGCCUAGAGAACCAAUAACUAGUUUAACAUCCUCCGACGAUAUAUCCAGCGGAUACAGUAGCGGCGAAGCAUUGCAAUCUCAUCGAGCAGCAUCCCAAGGUGACGCAUUAGUUAGAACAUCGAGUGUUGGAGCCAGGACACGCGUGAAGCCUCGCUCGACAACAAAAAAAACACCUGAGGACACUGGAGAGGAAUCCGAGUACGACGACCUUCUUCCAUCGCCAUUAACCUUCCUCACUCCUGACCAAGUUCAUCAACUUUUGUUAUUCCUGACUCCGAAUGAUGAUCGUCAGAAGAUUAGUAAGCUCGAUAACAAUGAACGAUUGUUAGACGAUGAUAUUAGAAAAAGAGAAUCUAAAUCGUCAUCCGAAGAAUCUGAGGUUUGGUUUGUACCAAAUGUAACAUCCGAGACAGAUGAAGUACCUGAUAAACUUCAGACUGAACUUUUAGAAAUAGAUAAUAACUCGAAGGACUGUCAAAGGUCAACUGAAAUUUUAACAAAACUAUCAAGCACAGAAUCAGAUCUUCAACAAAAAGAUAUGGAAAAUAAGAAGAAUUGUGAAAAGACCGAUGUUCGUAAAAAUUCUUCACAAACAACCGUCAUCGAUGUGGAUAUUGAUAAAAUCAAGGAUGAGAUUUGUCGAGAGAAGCUGGACGAAUUGAAAGAACUUUUAAAUAAUGCGCACAAGGCCGUCACGAAGAUAGUAUCAUCCGAGGAAAAAUUAAAUCGGAUUGGUAAGUUUGCCAUGGGCGAGGCACAAUCUUUAGAAAAUUUUAGAAAUGUUGAUUCUUUAAAUGUUUUGCCCACAACGAAUUUAACUCCAAGUAACUCUGACGAUAAUGAUCGUGCUGGUAAAUAUAACAAAAAGCCAGCACCAAAGACACCGAUUUUAACGGACGAUGAAGUCGUCCUAUCUGAAGACAAUCAAUCGGAAAAUGCAUUAAAAGCAACCCUAGUAAUCAAAACUGGCAUGGUAAAAACUUUUUCAAAUAUUGACAGUGCCAAAGACGUUUUCAUAGCUCACACAGCUCAAACCAAAAGUAAACGGAAGAAACGAAGUAAGAAGAAUGGUAUCGCAAAAUUAUUAACUAUUCCAAAAAAUAUUUUUCAAGGUGCCUUUCACAAAACUUCAAGCGGAUCGAACAAAGACGAUGAAUCUAGUCCGUCUGUUUCUGAAUAUUAUAGCUCCAGAUCAAGAUCUGUCAGUAUAGGAUCUCAGGAUAUUUUUCCAAAUAAGAUUAAUAAUGAACAACAUGAUAUAGAUCCUAAUGAAAUUUCAAACAACGUUAAUAACGACAAAGUCGAUGAAAAUAAUUUCAAAAAAGAUUUGACUUUUGAUAAAUGUGAUCAGAAUAUUUUAUCCGAUAAAAGAGAAGAUUCUGACAGAAAAGUGACUUCAGUGAAACGUAUAUCAAUACCACAAAUGUCACGAUCGCCUGGUGCCUCGAGAAAAGUUUACUCUGAUGAGAAUAUUGCUUGAAAAUGGAAUAGAAAAAAAAAAAAAAAGAAAAGAACAAAAAAACAAUCGAUCCUUAUUUCCUAUCCUAUUUUUGUUUGACACAACUUUAGAAUACAUCGGAACAUGGCAAGAAAAACGGAUAACAAGUUUUGCUACUCUACCCCGAAGCAAGAAGAGCAACAAGAAGAAAGUAGCAUGAAAUUUACCGGCUGCUGACCGCAUAAAGGAAUAAAACAUAAAAAAAGAAAAAAGAAAAAAAAA